UUGAGCUCUUACUUGGAUUCGUAAUUUGUCGGCAGCAACAUCAGUAUCGUCGUGCGACUUAUUCUCAGUGCUUUUGUUCUGUCCAAGUCAACUCGAUUUCAUACUUAAUAAAUAAAUUUAAAAAAAGAAAACUCCGUUUAAAUUAUAAUUUUUUCUAAAUAGCAUUUAAAACAAUACAAAUAAAAUGCGUGGGAUAUUUUCAACGGCAUGUGUUUUACUGGUGAUUUUUGUGCUCGCUCCGAGUAACGUGUCCAGUCAAAAACACGAAGUACAGCAGACCGGAAAAUGCAGAGCUCCCGAAAAGGCACCACAAAAUCUCGAAAAAAUCAUUAACGUCUGCCAGGAGGAAAUCAAAUCCGCGUUGCUCCAAGAGGCGUUAGAAAUCCUUAAUGGCGGACCUUUAGACGAGGACAACUUAACGCCAAACCGGAACCGACCGAAAAGGGACGUCGAUGACGAAUUGUCCAACGAAGAGCGAAGAGUAGCCGGGUGUUUGCUCCAGUGCGUCUACAAGAAAGUGAAAGCAGUUGAUGAGACCGGGUUUCCAGUAACCGAAGGAUUGAUGCAAUUAUACAACGAAGGCGUUCAGGACCGAAACUACUAUAUGGCCACGUUGUCCGCCGUCAGACACUGUAUAUCCAUAGCGCAACAACUAAGACAAUUACAGCCACUACAGAGAUUCGAUGACGGUCAAACCUGUGAUUUAGCCUACGAAAUGUUCGAGUGUGUAAGUGAAAAAAUUGACGAAAGUUGCGGAGUUGGAAAACAGCAGAUCAGUCCAAGUCAGCAUCUCAUUUAAUCUAGCGCUUAUUUUAUUAUUGUUAAAAAAAAAACCCCACGAACUCUAUCAAACUUAGGCUUUUAACAAAUAGUGUACUGUAUACUAGAACUAAUAAUUAUAAUUAUUAUUUGUUAACUCUAUUGCGCAAGAUUUUAAUAUCUCCUCGUCGAGCAUUGAUACGUAUGUGCCUAAUUACUGUGUAUAUUGUUUUUUUUUUAUGUUGUAAAAGAAAUUAGGUGUCUUAUAACUUAUCUGUCAUGUAAAUUGUAAUAUAGAUAAAAUAAAUUUUAUUGUUUUUGUUCCAAAA